GUUGUGUGGAAUUAAUUAAUUAAAGAAAGAGAGAAAGUAAUAAAGAGCGAAGCUUUAUUUAUCUUUAUGUGUGAGUAACAAUAGCAAUGUCCACUGUGUAGAAAUAACAUCAUCUGAAAAAAGAAGAAAAAACAUGGUGAAGACAUAGACAUGAGUUUUCUGUGUUCACAACUGAACUUGUUUCAAGCUUCAACCUUAUGUAACAAAAGCUGUAUUCAACAUUACUCUAUUAUUAGAGUUGUUAUCACUUGAUAAUUUUACCGGUAUCUGUCAGAAAACCUGUUGUACACGGUCAAAUCUCCUAUCCCAACUGAAUUUUCCUCCAUUUGCAAGAAUCGAAGAUUAAGAUCAAAGGAUUUUAUAACAAAGCUUCAGCUUGUAUAUGGGGACUCUGGCGCUUGAACCCGACGAAGUAAGCUCCGAUAUAUAUCUUUCGUUGGGCCUUAAAGAUAUCGAUAAAGGUGUUGGAGUUCCACGGGUUUUGUCGCUUCUCUCUUCAGUUCUUGAGAGAUCAGUUCAGAGAAAUGAAAUGCUAUUGGAAACAAAACAUGUAGAAGAUGUUGUUACAGUGUUUCACGGUUUAAGAGCGCCUGCUCUGAGUGUUCGUAAGUACAUUGAUCGUAUCUUUAAGUACUCGAGUUGCAGCCCGUCGUGUUUCGUUGUCGCGCAUGUUUAUGUGGAUAGAUUUAUUCAGCACACAGAGAUCAAAUUGACCUCACUUAAUGUGCACCGGCUUCUCAUAACCAGCAUUAUGCUAGCAGCAAAGUUUAUCGAUGACGCAUUCUUUAACAAUGCUUACUAUGCUAAAGUUGGAGGAGUAAGCACAUCUGAAUUAAACAGAUUGGAAUUGAGUUUUUUGUUUGGUAUAGAUUUUAGACUUCAGGUUAGUGUAGACACAUUUGGAAGAUAUUGUUUGCUAUUGGAGAAGGAAGGUUCAGAAACACUUCAAAUUGAAAGGCCAAUGCAGGCUUGUAGAAUUAAAGAAAGUUGGUCAAACAAAGAUGAGCCUCCAUGUGCUUCCACAAUUGCAAGAUGGUAGUGUGCAAGCAAGCACAAUGUAUCAUUGUUGUACCACUAUUCAAUGAACUCAAAGAAAAAAAGAUUGAUGAAUAUACACUAUUAUUAAUUAAACCAUUUUUUUAAGAA